CAUAAUGUAUUUAUUGAUGCUGUUUGAUUUUUAAAAGCUUGAUAUAUGUAUUUUUAAAGGCCUGUGCCGAACAUUAGAGAACAGUAAACCGGCGGAACUUCUCCGUUUUUUCCCCUUUCUCUCUUCGGUCAGGAUGAAGUCGUUUCCGGGCGACAGGGAAGCUGCCAGCAGUAAACAUGGCGGAGGAACUGCUGGAAACAGUGGACAGACUUCAGUCCCGGCUCCUGGAGAACCCGGAGCCUCGAAAGCUACUAAAGACUCUGAAAAGACUGGGGGAACUUCCGAUGACCGUGGAUAUACUGGUGGAAACUGGUGUGGGGAAGACUGUGAACUCUUUUAGGAAGAAUGAAGUCGCUGGAGAGAUAGCAAAAACCCUCGUAGCUAAAUGGAAGCGACUGGUUCCUCAGUCUGCAGACAGACCCCCCAACAGCCACAACAAAGAGGCAUCGCGGUCACACUCCCACUCUCGAGGCUCCGAGACGGGCGGUCACAGACGUCACCGUGAGCCCUCCCCCGAGGAAGAGCCCUCCUACAUGGAAGAGGAGGAGGAGGAGGAAGAGGAGGAGGAGAGAGGCUACCACACCAACUACUCUCCCUCGCCUCCGCAGCACGAGCAAUACAGCCCCCCACAGCGAGGGGGGUACCAGUCAGAAGAGUAUGGGAGCCCCGAGCCCGAGCCCGAGCCGGAGCCCGAACCCGAGCCCGAGCCCGAGCCCAGCCCUCCUCCUCCUCCUCGCAAAGAAGCCCGACACGCCAAGCCAAACAAAGAGCCCAACAGGAACCACCACCACAGUUCUCACAGCGACCGCAACAGGGACAGGGACGAGGGACAGCGGCAACGCCAUGUACAGUUGAGUAGCGAUGGAGGAGGAGGAGGAAGAGAAGGCAGUGAAGGAAAGAAGCGGAGUGUGGACAGAGAAAGACAGCAGAGUCCAGUUCAAAAGUCUGCAAAGCACAGCAGGAAGUCCACCACGCAUGACAGCAAGAGGGAAGAGAAGAAGAGAGGAGGAGAUGACGGGCGACCGCGGGCACCGAAGGACUCGCCAACCAAGGAGGAGGAAGAGGACUUCGAGACUCCCACCAUGUCCUUCGAGUCCUUCCUCACAUACGACGCCCCGACGCCCGUCAAGAAGAAGAAGAAGCCAUCGUCGUCAUCGUCACACAGUCGGCCGUCUCACUCCUCCUCCUCCUCUGUCUCAUCUUCCCAUCACACACGUACCCCUCAGGCCGCGGCCGCCUCUUCCUCCUCGUCCUCUUCUUCCUCUAAAGCGAGCAAGUCGAACGGUACUCAGAGUAAAAAGAGGCCGCAUUCAAGCUCCAGUUCAGCUGCAGCUACACCGGAAAAACGCAAAAGGGUGGUCGAGGUUGUUCCAACUCUUCCUGAAAUCCCUCUGCCAGCGAUUCAGCCCAAUUACAGACCUCUGCCCUCCAUCGACGUCACGCCACUGUCCCCGCAGAGACGGAAAGUUCCCGUCUGCAACGAUGAAGAGGACGCCGGCUUCACUGGGAAGCGAUUCAACUCGAAGAUGGUGGUCUACUCGGGAUCGAAGACCUCCUACUUGCCAAGAAUGAUGACUCUGUAUGAGCAGUGCAUCCGCGUGCUGCAGAACAACAUUGAUUCCAUCGCCGAAGUGGGAGGAGUCCCGUUUGAGAUCCUGGAACCGGUACUGGAGCGAUGUACUCCGGAGCAGCUGUACCGCAUUGAGCAGAGCAACCAGUGGUUUACGGAGGACUCUGACGAUCUGUGGAUGCGUCACUGUCAGCGGGACUUUAAGCGGGAGUCUCCUCAGGAGUACGAGUCAUGGCGGGAGAUGUACCUGAGGCUGCACGACGAGCGCGAGGAGCGACUGAGGCUGCUCACGCAGAACAUCACCUCCGCACACGCCAACAAGCCCAAAGGACGGCAAGUGAAGAUGGCGUUUGUGAACUCUGUAGCCAAGCCGCCGCGUGACGUCCGCCGCCGACAAGAGAAGUUCGGCACCUCUGACGGUUCCUCCUCCGCCUCGACCGCUGCUGCAGCUCCCAUCAAGAUAAGGCCAGCUAGCUCGGACUACUCUGGUGAAUCCAGCCGCUCCUCUUCCUCCAGUCUCCACCCUUCACCCGGCUCGUCCCGCUCCUCAGCAGCGGGUGGAGGAGGAUCACUGGGAGGAGGCCAUGCCGCCCGGGACAAGCCGCAGGUCAAAAAAAUCGCCCCCAUGAUGGCCAAAACCAUUAAAGCAUUCAAGAACAGAUUCUCCCGCCGAUAGUGUGAAAGAGACUGAAUGUAUUUUAUGAAUUCCAACUGUGUUUUUAAUUUAAGUUUCAAAUUUUACUGGAGACCCUCCACCUCUGCAACACACACACACACACACACACACACACACACACACACACACACACACACAAAUAUCAGACCACGGUCACUUUUGGGGACAUUACAUAGACUUACAUUCAUUUCCUUGAGACUUAACUGAACCCUAACAUUAACCAGUGACCCAGAAAUCAACUUUUCCCAGUUGGGAACAUGGAUUUUGUCCCCAGUUGGACAAGUCGUCCCCAAUUAACUGGUCCUGUCUCCAAAAGUAGCCUAUGACCACACACACACACACACACACACACACACACACACACACACACACACACCAUCAUCUCUACAUAUCAGUACGAACAUUUCAGGAUUGGUGGAAUAAUGGUUGACGUUUUUUUUUUUUUUUUUAAUUUUUUAUUUAAGUGGUGGCAUCUGUUUUUUUGGGCUCUUUAAAUAAGUAUUUAAAUCUUUAAACUGCGGUCAAAUGGGUGCGACGUCUGUGUCAAAGAAAAUUAACGUUUUAUAGGACGGAAAAGGACGCAAACACACACACACACACACAAACAAACACACAGUCUGUUACUUUCUGCUCGUUCUCCAGCAGGGAAAGACAAGAAAGCUCAUUCUUUCCCUUCAGAGAACAACCUUUUGUUACGUUCCAUCACGACCAAACGAUACACUACAUUAGGAAAACCGUCACACACUCUCGUUUUGUCUUUUAAUCGCAUGCAUGAUGCACGUCAGUCGCGGCAUUAAGACUCCACCCGACACAUCGACUGGCUGGUUAAAGACUCUGCUUUUUUAAAAAAACAAACACAUGAUGAGUUAAACAUGUUUUACCCGGUGCAUUUUUUUUUAUUAUGUAAGGCUCAAAUGAUAUCAAUGAACUGUACAAACACACACACACACACACACACACUCAUUGUAGACUGAUUUUAACCCUGCUGUGGCUUCAGACCAUGUUUUCCUGCUGUUGAAUGUGUGCGUCCCCCCCGUUUAUAUCUGCUUCACUGUGACAAAUAGCUUGAGAGAGAGCUGAAGAAACUGUAGGAAGAGAAGAAGAAGAAGAAGAAGGAACGAGGAAAACGACAAAAAAAUAACAAUAAGGAAGGAAUUUGAUUGGACGUCUGCAGCUUCAGUCUUCAAUGAUGAUGAUGAUGAUGAUGAGAUGUAUUUAUUUUCAAACACUGGGACCUGGCACCCCUCUACUUGGGCCCUAAAGGAAGUAGAUUAAAAAUUGUAAUUUUAUUAGAUUUUAAUAAAUGUUCUAUGGUCAUUUUUAUUAAAAUUGACUUUUUGCCCUUA